CGUCGCUCCUUCAUGAUUCAUCAUUCUCUCGGUUGUUCUGACAUUUUCGGUUCCCCACCUAUUCUCACCCUGUGCGAUCCUUGGAUCACACCGUUUAACAGUGCUUUUAUGCGGGCUGAUCAUUCCUGCUCUAUAGCAACAUCUACAAGGACAGCGACGCUGCAAAAGCUAGUUUUCCAUUAAUUCAAGGCCGAGACAAAGGUUUACAAUGGGAAACCAUCAGAAUUUUAUGACUAUCUUUGAUCGACAGAAGAGACUUCCUACCUGCGCGUGGUCCCUGAUUUUGAUAGCUCUUUUCGUAGCUGUGGAGUCAACCGCGGCUCAACCAGCGGCCACCGAGUCUUCAACAUCCACCCCGAAAGCAUCCUCUCCAAAGACCCAACUCGCUGCAUCGACUCCCAGCGCCCAGCUUCAAGCUCCCAGCCCGAAGCCAACCGUGGCUGCCGCUCAAACCUCGAAGCCAAACGCUACCUCCGUCCCUGGGGCCCUAACUCACGGCUCCGUCGACUACCUGUCCUACCUGGAAUCCGUGGCGGGUCCUCUGGGUGCGGACGACCUGGAGUACGGACUGGACUACCUCAACGAGAGGGACAGCAACGUCCUCCAGGAGUUCGACUUCGACCCGCUCCGCACGGCGCAGAUCCUCAUCGGCUCCGCCGCCAAACAGAACACCACCCCCGGGACGUUCUUGGCGGACAUCCAGGAUCUGAUCUUCUUGCAGAAUCGCUCCAGGAUCGAGACAAAGGGUGAAUCAUCUGUCGCCGACGUCACCACUAGGAUGGUACCCGAACCGGGUCUUUUCAUGGAGUCGGAAAACUGGAAGCGCUACGUACCCCUGCGGGACUCAUGGCGGAGCGAGCUACGUCGACUGGAGCGGAAGUACCGGAUCGACGGGAACUCGACGGAACCGGACGCGGCGACCCCGACGCGGAUCCUGCUCAUGUUCCCGAACUUCCUGAACCUGGGCCAGAAGCCGUUCACGGUCCUCUCGGAGCUGUGCAGCAGCAGCGACGUCUGCCUCCCGUCCUUCUUCAGCUACCCCGAGUUCGCCGGACUCAUCCCCCUCUCCGGCAACGACUCCGCCCGCCAGGCCGUCUUCACCCUCCACCUCCGGGCCCUCCACCUCGGGAGGGAGGACAGGGCCGACGCCCUGCCCUUCCGCACCAAGUGCGCGCUCGUCAAGCGGCGCAUGGAGAAAAGCCUCAUCUCCGAUGACCGCAGGUGGCGAUUCCUCCAGAACAACGACGUGAUAUCAGCCAAUGGAGGUUUGACGGCGGCUAUGGCUGAAACCUACAACCAAAUCCCGAAGGAGUUCAAGGAGAGGGUGGAGUUGCCACGUUCUGCGGCCACCAAUCAACGUUUCCAAAAGCUCUAUGCGUCCGGGUCGUCGGCGUCAUCCCCGAAUACAAUUCGACCUGGCCCGGGGAAGAAUCACCUCGUACACGCCGAGAUCGCCUCGCAGAAGGAGGUCGAUUCUACCAACGAUGUCGAAUGAAUUCAUUUAAAUCCGCCUCGAUCCUUCCUGUCGUAAAGAGUGAUCGACUCGAUCGAGAAUCAGAUGAUCGGACCAAGAACAAUCGAUACCCAACCCAAGAAGCAGUCAUCGGGCUUAAUAGCGAUUUUAUUGG